AUAGUCAUCUUUUCUUCAAAUAAGUUUGCCUUUUGUUUCUGUGAGUAAUUUGCUUCCAUGGCGCUUUCCUGGGUGCUCCCAACAACACUUCUCUUUGCUCUGGCUCUUGCAAACAUUCAGCUCUCCACAUGCCAAGUUGUGAAGGCCAAGGUCACUUGCCUUGACUGCCAUAAGAAUACUGAUUUCUCAGGAAUUAAGGUUUUGGUGAAGUGUGGUCAAGUGAAAAAGUUGGCAAUGGCAACAACAGAAAAAGAUGGUUCAUUUGAGACUAAGCUCCCAUUAGGCAACUCAAAAUCUCCUAUGAACUGCCUUGCCAGGAUUCUUGGAGGGCCAGACCAGCUCUAUGCUUCGAGGAAAGUCAUGGCUUCUGAGAUUGUCAAGACCCAAGAGCCUAACUCCUACACCAUUUCAACUCCUCUCGGUUUCACCACAUCAUGCCCUUUGAACAUAAAAGAGGCAGCUUGCAAAGCCAUGAACAAGUUUGGCUCAUCGAAGACCGUUAAUCUGCCUGUGCCUCCAGAGUGGGGCUUGGCACCCUCAAGCUAUUAUGUUCCUUUCAUCCCUAUCAUUGGCAUACCUUAAGUAUCUUGUGUGUGAAGCUGGCAUGGCAUAAGCUCAGCAGUUCUCUAUAUGUUUUUACUUUGCUUUUGUUUGUCCACUAUAUAGCUUGUGGGGAGUGGUUUUAUUGUGUGUUUUUUUUCUCCUGGGUUUUAAACCAAAUCUUAGACGAGUAGUACUGCUAAUUAAGUAUAAUCAAGCAGACUAGUACUGUUAUCUUUCUUCAAUAUAUAGUUUAAAUGUAUACAUAUAUGAUAUAACUAUAUAAAUUGUUGUU